AUGUCCACUAUGAUGAACCUUCACCCCGAGGUCUACGAGACCUAUUCGGUCAGUGCAACAGAGGCGCUUGGUCUGAAAGAAGACAAGAAAUUAGCGAAAGGUGGUUCCUGCCAGGUCGUUGUAGCUACAGAUGUGAACGACCCAGCUAAGAGAAAGGCUUUGAAAAAACUCAUGUUUCUUGACGAUGAACGCGAUUACCGCAAGAAGCGUUUCUAUUUCUGCAAUGAGAUUCGGUUUCUCCAAAAUGUUCAACACCCCAACAUCAUCCAAGUUGACAAAGCGCUCGCAUGUCCGGGAGAGUUUGUCAUAGCGAUGGAAUACCACCCCAUCGACCUCUAUCGCGCUAUGCCUUGUCUCACGGACGCCGAGAUCACCAAGUACUUUACUCAGGUCGUCGACGCCUUGCUGUAUCUCCACGACCGGCACAUCGUUCACGGAGACGUCAAACUUGAAAACGUGUUGAUAGACAUGCAAGGAAACGCCAAAUUAUGCGACUUCGGUAUGGCUCAGCUCAUUCCCAACAAAAGUUCUAAACUUUGGGGCGGCACUCGUGCAUACACCGGACCUGAGUACAUCAUAGAUCACACUGUGGAGGAUGUAUAUACAAAGAAAGCGGCUCACUAG